AUGGCGACCUCUCCUGCCGGCCGCAUGCUAUCCCGCCAACUGCUGCAAAUGCAGUCAGACAAAGACAUUCCCGGGAUCAGCUGUGGUCUGGUCGAUAACAACGUCUUUGAAUGGGAGGUUAUGCUGAUGAUCUCGGAUGAUGUAAAACUAUACGGAGGUGGCUUCUUUCGCGCUCGUCUUACCUUCCCCAUCGAAUACCCACAUAUGCCUCCCAAGAUGAAGUUUGAGUCAUCGCUCUUCCACCCCAACAUCUACCCCAGCGGCGAAGUCUGUAUCUCCAUCUUACACCCCCCAGAAGAAGACAAGUUCGGAUAUGAGAGCCUAUCGGAGCGCUGGUCACCUGUUCAAACCCCCGAGACGAUCCUGCUUUCCGUGAUUUCCAUGCUAUCUAGCCCCAAUGACGAGAGUCCUGCCAACGUGGAAGCCGCCCGGCUGUGGCGAGAGGACCCCGCGGAGUUCAAGAAGCGCGUGCGUCGGUGUGUUCGGGAUAGUUUGGAGGAGUAA